AUGGAAGGAAAGUCAGAACAGAAUGUCUCUAUCCAAGAUCCGGAAACACAGGAAACGGAAGAGCAGCCUCCUUCAAAUUUGCCUCCGACCGAGAAAAUCACUCACGAGGUCAUUGGAAAGAUUUUGAGCACCAAUUUCGCAUAUUUUAUGGGAGGGCUAAAUGAUGCUGCGGUUGGCGUUUUGAUACCAUAUAUCCAACCAGCGUACCACGUCAACCUUCUCCAGGUGUCGUUGAUCUACCUUGUCAACUUCGUCGGGUGGAUUACGGCAUCGUUUAUCAACAUCCAUGUCUCAUCACGCCUUGGAACCGGUGGGACGCUUGUGGUAGGGGCUAUAGUCCAGUGCAUCGGAUACGCGCUGAUGUGCUGGUUUGCGCCUUUUCCUCUGUUUGUAAUCGCAUUCUUUUUUACCGGUUGCGGCGUGGGCCUCCAAGAUGCUCAGGCGAAUAUCUUCACCGUCAGUCUUCCGAAUCCUCAUCGGUGGCUGGGAAUUCUGCAUGCCAUAUACGGCGUUGGUACCGUAAUUGCACCGUUGGUCGCAAACGCUAUGGCCUCAACCACCUCCUAUUGGUACCGAUACUACCUCGUCGCCCUUGGUGUCGGUGUGAUAAAUAUCCUCUUUCUAGCCUGGGCAUUUCGCAGAGGCUUGUUUCGCCCGAAUGUGCGCAACGCCAAAGAUACAGCCGGAAGCGAGUUACAAGCAACGUUGUCAAAUGGCACCGUGUGGCUUUUCAAUCUGUUCUUCUUUCUCUAUGUUGGGGCUGAAGUUACUGCUGGAGGAUGGCUGGUUCAGUUCCUUGUGUCGGUUAGAAAUGGUGAUCCUGAGAAAGUUGGCUACAUUGCCACAGCCUACUGGGCGGGACUCACCUUGGGACGUCUGACUCUUGCGGACGUUACACAUCGAUUUGGAGAGCGGCGCAUGGUCUUCAUAUACAUUGCACUGGCAAUAGCCUUGCAAAUCAUGUUUUGGCUGAUUCCCCAUAUCAUUGCCAAUGCCGUAGUGAUCUGUCUUCUCGGCUAUUUCAUCGGACCGUUCUACCCUGUUGGGCUAUACGUCCUUACUGAGACUGUUCCAGCGAAUGUGCAAAACGGCGCAAUAGGAUUUGCCGCGAGUGUUGGACAAGCAGGUUCUGCUGCUUUCCCAUUCCUAACUGGGGCAAUAGCCUCCAAGGCGGGCGUCUUUGUCCUCCAGCCGGUCAUGAUAGCUUUGCUUGUUGGAAUCUGUUUGUUAUGGGGUCUGAUUAACAAGGAAACGAUGCUUCCGGCCGGACGUCGACUUUUAGCCCUUUUUUCAAAGGACGAACGCGAAAGACAGCCCUCUAGCUAA